GAAUUUCUUCUUCUUCGGUAUUCAUUUCUUCCACAUCUUGGUAUUGUAAUCGUUGUUCUUCCAAUCGAUUCUUUGUGUAUUCUACUUCUUUUUGCUUUUCCUCUGGUGUCAUCCACCAAUCCCAUAGG